CUCGUAAAGAAUAACCGGGCCGAAAUCGAAAGAGUUCCCUUCUAUUAGACCUAAAAUAAUAUAAAGUUGAUUGUUUUCUGCAUCGCAGCAGAAAUCAAGAGAACUUUCAAGAUGAACGACAGAACUAAGCGCUACAACCUGAGCGACUCUACAAUCCGAUUCACGGCUGAAGAGGAUCAGUUUGACUUUCUGUGUGAAGGUUUUGAUUCCCCGAGAGCCCGGAUGUCCUGCGGACAUGUGGUGACCCCGAUGUCUCUCACAAAGUGGUGCGAACAACUGCUCAAACAGGGAGAAGCCAGGUUUGUGUGCGGUCAGUCUGGCUGUGAUGCUGAAUGGUCUUAUCAAGAGGUUUGUAAAAUGGCCCUGCUGACCCCUGAAGAAAUGAAGAACUUUGAGACGACCAUGGCCCUGAAUGCUGCUGCCAGAGAUCCUAACACAAAGUUUUGUCCAGGCUGCAUGACUCCUGUGACCAGAGGGAGCAGCUCAAACCUCUAUGUCUGCUGCCAAGUGUGUUCAGCAAAGACCGGACGCAGCUUUGGGUUCUGCUGGCAGUGUCUGAGGGAGUGGAAAGGUCAACAGCCUCGAUCCGACCGCUGUGAAAACGACGACUGCCACAAUUCUGCCCUGAAGACGCUGAGAGAGUGUCCAGAAGUUAAAAUUCAGCUAACGGAAGGAGUCAAAGGCUGUCCGUCGGUCCGUGCCUGUCCCACCUGCGGCUCACUGAUCCAGCACACUGGGAUAGGAUGCACAGAAAUUUCAUGUCCCCGAUGUAAGAUGUCGUUUU